AUGACUUUAGAGAGUUCCUCCUCUUCAGCAUCAAAUAAACAGGAAAACAAUGCCACCACAAGCGACACUGAGUUGUCCAACUUCUUGUGGCAAUCACCGCUUGUUUUCAACUGUCAUUUUGAUCAAGCAGCCAAGCAAGCCAUCUUGCUGCGUUGCUAUCAAGCACUGUGGAUGAACGACGAAACCAUCAUGCAACAAUGCUUCUUCCAAUCACAACAAGACUUACAAGACUCGCUCUCGUUUCAAUGUGCACAACACGACGGCAAGGAACAGCAUGUUGUGAAUGAUCCAUCGUUAUGGCACACCAACGCCAUUUUACCCAGCCAAGAUUUAUCAAGUCAAAAGGGAAGGCAAUGCGGCCAUGUAUUCCGUAAAGGAGAGCCAGUAUACCGAUGCAGAAACUGUGGUCUAGAUGAUACCUGCGUAUUUUGCUCCAAGUGUUUUCAUGCUACCAACCAUGACGGCCAUGAUAUCCUGUUUUCUGUCAGUCCUGGAUCCGGAGGAUGCUGCGAUUGUGGUGAUCCAGAAGCUUGGAAAAUACCUCUACAGUGCAACAUUCAUACCAGCACUUGUCGAAACAACACGGAUGGCACAGAAAGAGACGCAUUGGACCCCAAACUGAUCCACGCUAUGCGAAGCACGAUUGCGUGCGUGCUCAACUUUCUACUGGAUACGUUUGCCUUGGCUCCGGACGAGGUGGCUUUGAACGCUUCUACAGAAGACUUGAUGAGGGAGAAUCAGGAACAACGCAACACUCUCAGUCGAAUGGGAAUACCAGCACAAUUGCCCAACAACAACGAUACAGACAUGGAAAAUGUCACACCACACACGGAAGCAGCAGCAGCUCGAUUAGCAGCCGCACUCGGACAGGAAGAGCAGCAGGAAGAUAUUGACAUGGACAAGGAAAACGCAGCAACACACAUCAAGCUAGAGCCAGUAGACACGGAGCAAGAGGAGGAGAAAGACGGUGAAUUGUACGCUUGCAUUGCGUGGAACGACGAAGCACACGCCUUCUCUCAUGUGCUCGAGAGUAUCAUGACAGCCACGGGUUGGGACUGGGAUAAGGCAAAGCAGAUUGUGGAUGUCAUUCAUGUGCACGGCAGAGAAAUCAUUGCAGUCUCUCAGGACAUUGCUGAGUUGCGCAAGAUUGCUGCUCCCUUGUCUGCUAUCAAUCUUGGUGUCACGAUUCGUCCUGCGAAAGAAACGUUUAGAGAGCAAGUAUGUGGCUUAUUGGUGGACUGGCUGAACGAGCUGGUCAAUGGCAGAUAUCGAUUCUUUCAACACAUUGACAAUGGCGACGCUGUGAUUCGAAACAUGGUGUGUGAAGAGCUGUGUGCAGAGUGGGAAUUGCGUCUUCCUUUGGCUCUGUUGACAACCGGUACGCGUGCAUCCAAUUCAGCAGCAGCCAAUCAAGAUGGAGACGAGGACGAGGACGAGGGCGAUAUGAAAGAUGACUCUGUAGUGGUGGUGGAAGACGUAGAGAUGUUUGAUCCCGAACCAGAUGCACAGCAGUCCAGCAACAACAGUAAGCCUGGCAGUCCAGCAUCAUUCUCAUCCAGCCCCAUCAUUUACCGUAAUCAGUGCGAUGUGGCUAGUAUCGACUGGGACCCAGCAGCUAUGGUGAGAGAGUAUCAAGAUCUUCGACACGCUGAAAUUACUUUUGGGGAGUCGCUAUUGGACGCCAAUGCAGUCAGCGAAACAGCACUGGGCAAGAAGCCUGUCAUGGAGGAUAACAGCAAGCAAGAUGCACAGGCAGCCAUGGCCAUUCAAAAGGAGUUUGAAGAGAAAUUACGCCUGGAUUACUUUAUGCUCUAUGAUCUCAAGCUAUGGAAGGAAGUGCGCAUCUCUCUGCGUGAACUCUACAUUGCGUCGCUGGCAUCCAACCCGCGCUUCAAAAAAAUCUUGGGCAAGCGUCUGGCCAGAAACUAUGCUCGCUUGGCUGAAUCCUUCUUGCUGCGUGAUCGUGAGCCUGAGAACUCAAUCAUUCUAUUCUCUGUGCAGCUCCUGACUGUGCCUACUGUCUCUGAUCUGCUGGUGCACAACUACUACUUUUUCGGUCUCAUCUGCUCCACGCUAACAGCCUUUUUCUUGACGGAUCGCUUGUACCUCUUGCUGCCUUCUGAACGCUCCAAAUACCCAUCUCGCAUCAACUGUGAAUCGCGUGCUUUCCGUACACGUCGUUACUUUAACGCCUUUCAUGAUUUGCGAUACAUUAUGAAUGUGGAGAUGAUCAAGAGUGUACUGGCUCAAGACCCCUUGUACCUUGGUCAGUACCUGGAUCUCAUCAGUCUGUUUCAGGGCAUGAACGCUCAAGUAUGCCAAAAGGACACGCACGUGGAAUACGAGUCUGAAAUUUGGGUCAAUGCCUUCAAUGUCACUCUUCAAAUCGCCAAGUGCUGUCGCCAGUUCUCUGACUGUUUCAACACAUUGCCCUACGCAACAGAACAGGAUAAGAUCAGCACGGCCAUCACAGUGGUAAGAGCCAUCAACCGAAUUCUGAAAAAGAUCAUGGAGUGGGGUCAAGUGGAUGAAGCAGAAGAGGCUGCUGAAAGAGAGAAACGUCUCAGUGCACCUGCUGGCUCUGUGCCACCACAAAAGAUAUACGGUGCUGCUGCUCAGACAUUCCACACCAUCAGCCUUGGUUUCUCUGAGCCAUUCCAAGUCAUCAAAUACAAUGUGGCUACGCAGCCCGUCUCCUUCCAUCACCCCUUGCACUGGUUAUUGUCUGGAUUGUUGGAAUAUGCCCAUCUGCUGAAUGACGACGUGUUGCGCCAAGCUGGCUGGGAAGGGGGUUUCAAGCAGAUCAUCACGCUGUUCAAUGGCAACAAGACGGCAGCAGUAGCUUCACCCAAUGUAUUGCUCCCUAUUUUGGACUACCCUGUUCGCACUAUUGUCUUUUCAUCUCAAAUCAGAGCUGGCGUGUGGGUCAGAAACGGCUAUGGUAUUAGAAAUCAGGCACAUCAUUACCGCGACAUCUCUUUGCGUGAAAGUACUUAUGACGCCGAUGUCUUUCUGCUGCAACUCGGGUUUGUCACCUUGCCUCCCAAUCGUUUCUUGGCCACUCUUUUGGACAGAUUUGAUCUCGUCAAGUGGUUCCUUGGCAACAAGACGCACGACAGUUACGACGCUUCACAAACCGUGUUUAUGGUGGAAGAACUCUUGAACCUCUUGAUUGUCAUUGCUUGUGAAAGAGCCAACAUUUCUGGCAUGUCCAUCACAGACAAGAUUCGCCGUGAAAUCAUCCACAACCUGUGCUUGGGCUCAUCUGCUUAUUCUGACCUCACCAAACGCAUUCCUGAACGCAUUACUGAACACCCUGAAUUCGACCACAUUUUAGCUUCUGUAGCCCAUUUCAAGAGUCCCGAUGGCGUCAGUGACCACGGCUCCUACGAGCUCAAGGAAGAGCAUUUCGCACAUGUGGAUACUUACUUUUGGCACUUUAGUCGCAAUAACCGAGAAGAAGCAGAAUCCAUCCUCAAGGCCAGAUGGAAAAAGGCACACCCACAUGAAAAGGAGGAGGAUUUCUUUAUUCUGCCUCACCAUGUCCCCAUUGCACCGGGUCCCUUCCAGCACCUGGGCUCCUUUUUACAAUCGACUGUCUUUGUUCAAAUGCUUGCAUUUGCUUUAUGGAACGUCUAUACGGGCGAUCAUCACAAGAGCGACACCAUUUUAGACCAAAUCAUGUAUCUCAUUUUAUUGGCACUGCAAGACCAGAAUUCAGAGGAUGUCUCCAACUAUGGUCAAGGCAAAUUCUAUGAUUACGUGUGUUCACUGCAAUUUGAUAUGCAAGUGCCUUGUGUUGCUGAUGCUGCUAAUGCUGAUGAGAAACCCACGACACGCCUUAUGUCCCUGUUUGACAUUAUGACAGAGCUAUAUCCUCAAGAACAAUACAGUGAAGUCACCAGCCGAUUCAACUGGAUCUUUGAACAACUCGGCACCAAAGGCGUCCACAACACGCGCGCUGCAGUGGAAGCAUGGAGAGCAUAUUACGCUGCCAAAAUGCAACAGGAUGCUCAAAAACAAGAGGAAAAUGGCGGUGUCAGUGAAAUGUCUGAAAUGGAAAAGAAGAAGCUGGCCGCUCAGGAACGUCAAAAGAAGAUCAUGGCUCAGUUUGCACAGGCACAGACGCAAUUCAUGGAGCAAAACGAGUUUUUAUACGAGGAUGAAGAAGAAGAAGCGUUUGUAUCUGCUCCCGAGAACCCGGACACGGAUAACGAAGACAACACCCAUACCGAGACCCUUUUUCAAUUUUGCGCUUAUCCUACAGGCACGUGUAUCGUCUGCCAAGAAGACGCCAAUGAUCGCUCUCUUCCCUAUGGCCUACUGGGCUUGAUUCAGACCUCCAAUAUCAUGCGCGAGACGCCCAUGGACGAUGCAUCAGUGUUCAAUGACAUGUGUCGCAUGGGCUCCAAUUUGGAUGUGGAAUGGCAGGACCGUCAGUGCAUGGACGAGGACGACAGUGUUCCUGGAUUCCCUGCGCAAAUGCACAAGACUGGUUUAUACGCUUCUUCCUGUGGUCAUUUCAUGCACAUCAAGUGUUUUGAAGUGUAUUGCACCUCCAUCGACUCGAGACACUCGGCUCAACUGACGCGCAAUCAUCCUGAAAACAGGUCCAGAAAGGAGUUCAUGUGUCCUCUGUGUAAGUCGCUUGGUAAUGCUUUACUGCCUGUGUUUUGGAAGGGCAAAAAAGAGACGUUUCCUGGUGUACUCGCUAAAGCCAAAGAUGAUGAUUUCGGCCAAUUUUACAAGCACCAUGUCAAUCAAAUUGUAUCGCGAUUGAAACACGUUAUUGUUACAGCCUCACGUCAUGCUCAGUCAAGAAAGUCUGGCAAAGAGUCGUCUGCUACAACAAGCCGCAUGAAGGACGUCAUGGCUCAGUUCUUGCCUGCGUUGCCUCUGAUGGGUACUACUACUACUGCUGCUACUACUCCUGCUCCAGAGACCACACCUCGCGACUGGGCUGCGAUGCGCUUCCCUACGCGUCUCCCCCUCACUACGCCCGUGGAUACCGUUCCAGGUGCUGCAACAACAGCUACACCCACCAAUGCACCAGCCACUGCAGAGACAACAGGUCAAGAAGGUGAUCUCUACACGAUCGCACAACAGGACGCUGAACAAGAAGGCAUGCAAAACUUGCUUGCCUCUGACGCCAUCCCAUUGCCUGAUGGUCAGUUGGGCCCCUUUGACAACGAUACGCUCCACAGCACUUGUAUGGUGAGUGCGCCUUUGAUCAAAAAGUCCUAUGAACGUCUGUUGGAUGUCUUGGGUAUCAUUUAUCAAGAGAUUUGCACAGAUGAUAACGAGCGUGAAAUGUCUACUGCUGCACAAAAUGUCGACAUGUUAUGGGGCAUCAUGGGCUACACGAUUGCCGGUGUUGAAAUUGCGUCUCGUGGUGCUCCUGCUUCUGCUGCGAGUCGUGAAGAAGGCACUGCUACUCACACGCUAUUCGAUCAAAUUGCUCCUCAGACACAAAUGCUGCUUCGUAUCUUGAGCGAUACUGUCAUGGCUUACACAACGCUGAUGUGUCCUUGGUCGGGCCAAGCCAAAUCCAGUCCUGCCAGUGUCUCUAUGGCUCGUGUCAGUAUGUUUUCGUUGGGUCGCAUGCGUCAAAUGUUUGAAAUUGGUGUAGAUGAUGUCGCCAACUUGCCUGCGGGUCCUUCUCAAAAGAUUGUCUUGUACGAUAAUGCUCCCAUUUUGCAAGACGACCCCUUCAUGAUCUUAACCGAGCUGUCAUUGCAUCUGGUGCCCAUGACUCAAGCUGACAUCUUUCCCUUUGUGCGCACCUUGCUUUUGGCUGAAUUUGCUAAAACGGCUGUGGGUCUCUUGCAAGACCGUCUCCAGCGUUCAGCAGCAGCAGAUCAACCUCACACAGCGCCCAGCGAGCCCUCUCAGAACAUUGCAGCAGCCAAGGCCUUUGCCUUUUCACUGAUGAACAAGCUACAUUUCACACAGGAUGAAGCUGUGUCUUGUUUCCAAAAGUUUGCUAGCGAGGCCUCCUUCUGUGCUCUGCUCAAGUUCUUCGCACUGCCCUUCCUGCGCCGCACCUUGAUUCUCAUGAUUGUUCGAUUUGGCUUGAUCAUCCCACCUGGCACUGCCAUGGAAACGGACCCAGCAUCCGAUGAAUUGGAUCGACUGAUGAGCAUCUUGCAUCUACCCAAGUUUGCCGACUUUUUACAGCCUACACACAUAUCUGAAUCCUUGUUGCAUCAUUGGUGCGCACAACAUGUCCGAGAAUCAGAACGUCGUAUUCAACUGCAAGAUGGAUUAUUGAGCUCCAUGUCUGCCAGUCGGUUGAUUAACAUUUCACUGGAUUUACCUACACCUAUUUAUCUCGUGGCAUUACCAAAACGAUUGGAUCGAUUGUUUGAUGAAAGCAUGAAGCGUGUAUGCAAAAAGUGUGGUACAGUGCCCAGUGAUCCAGCUUUGUGUUUGUUCUGUGGUACGUUUGUAUGUGCACAGAGCUUUUGUUGUGCAGAGGAUGAGGAAGGUGAAUGUAAUCUCCACACGUUAGAAUGCGGCGGCGAGAUUGGUGCCUUCUUAUCUGUCAAGCGAUGUGUAUUAAUCCUAUUACACAAUGGCAAUGGCUGGUUUAUGAAUGCGCCUUAUUUAGAUCCUCAUGGAGAAGUAGAUCAAGGGCUUCGACAUGGCAGACCUCAAUACCUGAAUGCUAAACGAUAUGCAGAGAUUCGCAAACUGUGGCUCCAGCAUAAUAUUCCCAUUUAUGUUGCUCGUCAAAUUGAAGCCAACUACGACAUUGGUGGUUGGACCACAUUAUAA